AUGGAUCCCACCAACGAGAGGCGGCCAAACUCGACCGAGAAAGGCCAUGACGAACCUAUGGCGCAGGCCGACACCAAUGCGGAAGUGAAGGCGUCGGGAGCAAAGCAUGGCUCAUUCGCCCUCAAACAACAUUUGACCGGCCACAUUCGAGUCAACAUCUUCGCCGAAAUCGAACUUUUGAUCCUCACCUUUUGCACAGGCAUCCAAGAUGUCACCACCUUCCCGGACUUCCACUGUUUCGCCUCCAACCAGACGGGAAAUACGGUGAUGUUGGCCAUGGCAGUCCUCUUACCGGAAGUGACAGGCGAGUUAUUCGUCACCGAAAACAUUGGCAUAUCCUUAGGGUUUUUCCUUGCUGCUGGUUGGAUAACAGGGCAAUUGAGUCAUAUCAUAGGACCUCGAUCUCGUCUCUGGAUUGUGUUCUGCAACUUCUUUCAGGCGGUAUUGGUCUUCGCUGCAGCGGCGGUUCAAUAUUCAUAUGGGGUCGAGUUGUCAGGUACAACCACUAUGAUAGUGUUGGCCUUGCUGGCAUUUGCCGCAGGAAGCCAAGUGGUCCUAUCAAGGUCGCUGUCGAUGACGGAAAUCAGUACUGCGAUGGCAACGGCUGCCUGGGUUGAUCUGAUGAUUGACAAGAACCUAUUCGCUGCCCAAAACCGUCCUCGAACAAGGCGGGCAAGCUUUCUGGCUGUUUUAAUUGCCGGUGGAUUCUUUGGUGCUUACAUUUAUCGAAGCCUUGGAUCAGCCUCGGCCAUCUGUGCUUCCGGUAUUGGCAAAAUGAUUGUGACCCUUAUGUUCCUGUUCAAUGGUAUGGAGAAGGAUAGGAGGGAGAGUCUGGUAUAG